AUGGCGUCUUCUACUCCGUGGCGUACGAUUCCAGGCGUACCACACAGAGUCGCCUGGUCACCAAGCCAAGGGGAUUGGGUCUGCCAAGACCGAACAAGAGUCACGCCUGCAGUCCGUGCAACAAUCCAUGAUCAUUUACGCAGGUACGACAAUGUCUCCAGCUUUAGGAGAGAUUCAAGCUUGCUCACUGAAGCCAAUAGGUUGGGACAAGCUCCACCAGCCGGCGCUACUGGUGCCAAUGCCGUGACCAGACAGCUCGAGCAGCUGGAUGUGAAUGAUGAAAGUGACAGUGAUGACGAAGAAGACGCGUCUGACGAGGAGAUCGAUGAUGCCGGCAGAAACAGGACUGGUGCUCCUGGCGAGCAGACUCGCGGUACGAGGUAUGAAACUCGUACCAGCCACAACGAACAGGCAACAGUAGACGACAACGACCGCAAUGAUGAAGAGGACGACGACAACGAAGAAGAUUACGACGAUGACGAUGACGAUGGCGAUGAGGAUGACGGCGACGGUGAAGGAAGCACGGUGGACCCAGCUCGUAAGGUCGUCUAUUCAUCAUCCGUCAACCACGCUAAGCAUGGUGUAGCAGCUAAAAGCAGAAACCAAAGCUGGCAUGCAACGUAUAGGUUUGGCAGAGUCAUUGAGAUACCACGACAGCCGCCACCGUCGAAUGCAACGACCGUCUCCGCAGCAGCGUAUGGGUCAGGUAUGCGUCGAUUCGUGAUCAUACAAGCACCGCAACCCGGUUCUACGCAAUUUCAUGCACUUCCGAUCAAGACAUAUCUGUCUCAGGGCGUUUCUCUACAGGGCACAAUCAAAGCUCACCACGCAAUAAUAUACACACGCGGGAGGGGGCCAUCGUGUCUAUCUACUGAGCAGCCUCAACGUCUGCCUGAUGGUCGUCUCGAGGCUGGCAUGCAAGCUCAGCCGAUACGCGUAACUCCUUACGAUGAGGCGCGGCCCCUUGAUACUAUGUCUCGAUUGCACUAUGCAGACGUCCAGAGCUUCGAUGCCAGACGUAUUGACAUUCGGCUAUACGGCGACGUUCACCCAGACUCUCUUGGCACACUGAGAGUCCAGUAUCACAAUAUUCAGCAAUCGUUCCGCAUGUCUCACGCAAGGCUUGCGGUACUUCCAGAGGCUGCUGCACAGUCUGGUGCAGAGUCAGCUACAGGACCAGCUGCUUCUGCUUCUAGCGGCAGCGGUGUAAUUACUCUUGACCAGAUGAGGGAUCUCUGGACUUCCUUACAGAACCAUGCACUGGCCUUGGGCAUUCCUCUAGCGGCUUCGACCGUGGCACAGCUGCAACAGCUGGCUGCAAAUCCUCAGCUCCGAGAGGCUUGGCUGGUACGACUUCGUGCAACCUUUCAGCGAAAAGGUGGACGCUAG